UGCAUCUUAAUUUCCAAGUGUUCUACUCUCUUUUCAAUUGAACAAAAAUGGUUUCCAAGACUUCCAUUUACUUUGGUCUUUUGCUUGCCAUUGUCCUUCUCAUUUCCUUUGAAGUGGCCGCAAAUGCUGCGGAGACUACUACAAAUCCCAGUGGUGUAGGUGACGCCAAGUAUGGUGGCGGGUACCAAGAAGAUGGGCGAGGUGGGUAUAAUCGCAAGCAAGCAGAUGGGCGAGGUGGGAAUAAUCGCAAGCAAACAGAUGGACGAGGUGGGUAUAAUGGAGUAGGCCGUUGAGGGCGUUGCUACUAUGGUUGUUGCAGAUGGAGUUACAACAGAGAUUGCCAAAGGUGCUGCAAUCAUACUGGUCAGGCUGUUGAUGCACAACCUCACAACUAGUUCAUUAGUUAAUUAGGCUUCUGCAUGCCCAUGCAUGCAGUGUGCUUAAUUAAUUAUCUAAUUAGAUAAUUAUAUUCUAAUGCAUGUGCUUAAUAUAUAUGCUUGAAGUACUUCCCUUGAUCGUAUUCCUAUAUGUGAAUCGAAUAAAACUUCACUAGCGAGAGGUAUGCAAAAAUAAAGUUAAUCACGAGUGCUAGCUGGGUGGAUAUUGUAUAUGUACUCAGUUAUAAUCUCAUGGUUUGAGUGCUCUUUAAUUAAUUUCGUGAAUAAAUUCAAGUACCUGUGUAAUGCAUGUCAUCGAUUGAUGAUAUACGAAAUCAAUGACAUAUACAAGUAACGUUUUGUAU